UAUAUUGGAAUAAUGGACGCAAUAUGUCCACAUUGUGAUGCGGCUAAAUUUCCAGGUGAAACGGUCGGCAUGUGUUGUGCUAAUGGCAAAGUGAGAUUGCCACCAUUAGAAACACCACCCGAACCAUUGUCUUCAUUAAUUUUUGGGACUUCUGAAAAUUCGAAGCACUUUUUGAGACAUAUUCAACAAUAUAAUUCGGCAUUUCAAAUGACUUCUUUUGGUGCUACUAACAUUAUUAGAGAUAAUUUUAUGCCGACGUUUAAGGUAAAUACUUAAACAGGAUUGUCCCAAUCAAUCUGAAUCAUAAAAGUAUUCUAUAGUUUUAAAAAUUAUAUUAUGCAACAUAUACCUAAAAUUGCAUACAUGUUGCAGAUUCAGGGCCACAUUUACCAUCAAGCUGUUUCGUUAUUGCCAUACCCCGACGCUGAUUAUCAAUGUUUGCAAAUUUAUUUUAUUGGUGAUGAAAAUCGUGAAUUGGAUCAACGUUCCGCAAUUACUUUGAAUACAAGACGAGAAAUUAUUUGUGGGCUACAAAGGUUUUUCCAUCAGCAUAAAGCAUUAGUUCAAUUGUUCAAAAUUGCUCUCGAUCGUAUGCCCUCUGAUCAUCACGAUAUCGUAAUAAGGGCUGAUAGAACACCUUUUGGAGAGCAUGAAAGGCGAUUCAGUGCACCGACAAUUGAUGAGGUUGCAAUUGUAAUUCGUGGUGAUCAGUUUCAAUCGCGUGAUAUUAUACUUCAUCGUAGAAAUGACCAAUUGCAACGUGUUUCGGAACUUCAUCGUAGUUACGACGCAUUACAAUACCCAAUAUUGCAUUGGAAAGGUGACGAUGGCUAUAAUAUAAAUAUACCAAUGAUUGAUCCACGAACAGGUCUACAUGUACAAAAAAAGUUAGUUCCAUGAAUUUUUAUUCUUAUCGAUUGAUGGUUCGUCCACAAGAACAAAAUUAUAUCUUGAGAUGUCGUAAACUAUAUCAUCAGUACAUCGUUGAUAUGUACGUCAAAAUAGAAACAGAACGUCUUAAUUUUAUUCGUUUCAACCAUGCAAAAUUAAGGUCUGAACAAUAUAUUCAUUUGCAAGA